GGGGGAGUUAGUUCGGGCCUGUGGGCCGAGAUCAUUGAACAAAUGGGCCCCACAAGAGAAGACUAAUAUGGGCUGAGUGUGGACGCGUCUUCAUUUCCGACGUACAAGUCAACAAAGUCCGGCUGCAUGCAAUUGAAUAUUUCCGCUCACCAUUUUUCCUGACACCAUUUAAACACACACACACUACGAUUUUGAAAGUAGAAAACCGACAUUUUAUUAUUUUGAGCAAAAAUAUAAAAUUGUACCUUAAUAUUUGUUAAAGUACCCCAUAAAAACAGUAUGUUAAUUAAUAAUUACAUCAUGUUGAUCUACCUUAUGGAAAUUACAUUAGGUUCGAACGCGUAAUUAGUUAAUUCGACUGGAACACUGACUCCACACACGGACAUUCUUAACCAGACGAAGUACUGCUUUCUUGGAAUUUACCAAGUGUGAAUGGAAAUCCACUUAUCCCAAGACUUUUGGCUUCUUCAUUCUAUAUUAGUGUAAUUACCCAUCACCAUCCCAAUCAAUUUUUUAGCCAAUUACACUCCAAUAAUUCAUCUUUUGUUUCCCUCAAUCCCAUUUUAGCACCACAAUUCAAAUUUCAAACCAACCCCCACUUUAUAAUUUUCUCUACCCACAACACAUUUGUUAUUAUUCAAUCAUCAUUCUAUACAAACAUCACUUUUUCAUGUGUGUGUCUGUGAAAUUUCCACAGUGAACACUUUGAAAAAAAAGAAGGCCAGGAAUGGCAAAUGCAGCUAAUACAACUCCCAGCAAAUGCUUCUCCGGCAUUCUACGCCGGCUGAUAUGCUCCGGCAGCCUCCCAACUCACCCGUCUGACGACAAAUUCGUGGAGCUCAAUAUUGAACAAAAGCCGGAAGAAUAUUCCAUGGAACACAGGGCGGCUAAUAUGAAAGUAGAAGCAGCAUCAACUCCAGGAGUAGUGGCAAGAUUAAUGGGAUUGGACUCAUUUCCAAGCUCCCCAUUUUUGGCUCCAAAAGAGAAAACGACUUUGGGCUCUUUCUUCAGAAGCAGGUCAGUUAAUUCAAUUGAUUUUCUCUCCCACUUUGAUCCCAUAAUAAUUAAACAAGGGAGGCCUCACCACCACCACAGAAGAGUCAGAACAUCAGUUUCCUUUCGUGAAGGUAUCAACGACAACUUUAGUAGUAAUGUAAUUCUACGCUUAAAGGACACUGCAGAAGUUGAACAACCAGAAUUGCUUAUCACGAGGAAAACAAGUCCUGAUAUUAAUUAUUACCAGCACUCAAAAAUAGUAAAGGGAGAUAGAAUCAGAAACCGCGAAAAAUUGCACGAGAAGAGAGUUACUAACAAGCCCAGUAAAAAGGUAGAGGGUAUGAACCAAAAGAAAUCAUCACAGAAGGUAGAUUUCCAUGCAAAGAGUACAAGACAUGGCCGAUUAAAGCAAGAAAGCAGACAAAAUGUGAUAUCUAAUGAAGAAUUGAGGAAAAAUUCAAAGGGUUUGAAGACAAAAAAGAAGAUGGUUUUGAGUCAUGAGAAAGUUCAAUCUGGAUGUCGCAUGAAGAGAGUACACCCUCAAGCCACAGUAGUACCACCAGAAGUGUGUUCAAGAAACAAUGCAGCAUCUAAAAUCGGUAAAUCUGAGCGGAUUCCAUGUUCAAGUAGUGGUGCACAUUCUACGCAUAAUGGGGAAAUAAGAGCAAUAACUAAAGGGAAAAACGAAAGGAAAAUGAAGAGCAAAGAGAGCUGUUACUACAAAAGAAUGGCAGAAGAAAUAUGUAGGCUGGCAGAUGAAGAUGUCAAUGAGAAUUGGAUGGAUGGGUGUAAGUUGGAGUUCGAAGAUUUUGAGGAUAUGUGUCAGCAUUUCGGACAAGAAAUUCUUCAAGUAUUGUUGCAACAGUUUGUUGAUGAACUUGUGAUGCAUUAUCAGACAACGGAGAAUAAUUAAUAUAUAUUCACUAUAUAUUCAUUACGUAAUUAACAUAGUAUGUACGCAGUUCCAGUCUCUAAUUCUUGUACGGUUCUUCAGAAGUUUAUUAAUUUCUAUAAAAUGUAUUUGUUGUAUCCA